AUGUUGGACGGCCUGAAAAUGGAGGAGACUCUGCACGACGCUCUCGAGCCGCCCCCGCCGCAGCCGACCUCCCUCUCCUCGGUGCUGGGUGAGUGCCAAACCCCGGCGCGGGCGCGCUCGGUGUGCGAAGGCUGUGGCGGCAUCAUCGCGGAGCGGUUCCUGCUGCGCCUCAACGAGCGCCUGUGGCACGAGCGCUGCGUGCGCUGCGCCGCCUGCCAGGAUCCCCUGCGAGGCACCUGCUUCUUCCGCGACCAGAAGCUAUACUGCCGCCUCGACUACGAGAAACUCUUUGCAGUGAAGUGCAGCAGCUGCUUCGGAGCAAUUGCCCCCAGCGAGUUCGUCAUGCGAGCCCAAAAAAGCGUGUACCACGUGGGCUGCUUCUGCUGUUGCGUCUGCGAGAAGCAGCUUCAGAAGGGGGAUGAGUUUGUCCUGAAGGAGGACCAGCUGCUUUGCAAGAGCGACUAUGAGAAGGAGCGCGAACUCCUCAGCCUAGUGAGCCCAACGGCGUCUGAUUCUGGUAAAAGUGAUGAUGAAGGGAGCCUGUGCAAAAUGGGAGAUGGCACUGGGAAAACAGCCGAGGAGAGCAAGGACCACAAGCGGCCGAAGCGACCCCGGACCAUCUUGACGACCCAGCAGCGCCGGGCAUUCAAGGCAUCGUUUGAAGUGUCUUCUAAACCAUGCAGGAAGGUAAGGGAAACCUUAGCAGCCGAGACGGGUCUGAGUGUCCGAGUUGUUCAGGUCUGGUUCCAGAAUCAAAGAGCUAAGAUGAAGAAAUUAGCAAGGCGACAGCAGCAACAACAGCAAGAUCAGCAAACAACACAGAGACUCACUUCUGCUCAGACAAACAGUGGCAACAACACAGGCCUUGAAGGAAUCAUGAACUCUUAUACCACCUUGCAACCACCUCCACAACAAGUAUUGGUCAUUGAUCAAAGUGUUUACAGCUCAGACCCCUUCCGGCAAGGACUCACUCCGCCACAAAUGCCAGGGGACCACAUGCACCCUUAUGGUUCUGAGCAUCUUUUGUGUGAGAUGGACAGUGACGACACCUCCCUCAGCAACCUGGGCGAUUGUUUCUUAACAACUGUGGAACCUGGGCCCUUGCAGUCAAGAGUGGGGAACCCCAUUGACCAGCUGUACUCCAUGCAGAGCUCCUACUUCACCUCUUGA